UCCAAUUAGCUAAUUUUAGCCCAGAUUGCUUAAUGAAGAAACAUAAAAAGAUCUUGUUGGAGAUCGGCCCGGUUUCGGCCGCGUGUGUCGAGCAUUUUGUCUUCGUUUAUGUUUGGGGUGUAACGUUAUUUUUCUAGGGAAUAGUUAACAAAACGUGUGGCCUCAACGUUAACGUUACUUCAAAUCUAAAAUGUAUCAGGGCGUUCAGUUACCCCUGUGCCUCAUAUGUGGCUUAUAUUCACAGGAUAUCCAGAAGCAUCGUCAGGGUUUUCCGUCUUCUCUGAAGUUGUCUAACGGUUAUAUUUUACCUGAGGGCAAGAUGACGCCCAACACACUGUUCGUCGGCGGGAUUGACAUGAAGGUGGACGAGAACGAGAUCAGGGAGUUUUUUGCCAAGUACGGGUCUGUGAAAGAAGUGAAAAUCAUCACUUAUCGAGGAGGAAUAUGCAAAGGGUAUGGUUUCGUUUAUUUCAGCGAGGACGUUGAUAUCCAGACUAUCGUCGAUCAGCCGAUCAGUUUUAAAGGAAAAAAACUCAAACUGGGACCUGCCAUCAUGAAAGAGAGAAAUUCUCGGUCAGUGUCGUCUCCAAUGAUUGGUCCAUCACAGUGGAUAAGCCCCACACCGUAUAUGUACUGCAGCUGCUGUCCCCCAGGCCUGGCCCCGCCCUCACCUGUCUUCAAUGGAGGGAAUCAGUACAUGCAGCCUUAUUCGUACACCAGUCCUCCAGGAUUUAUUGUCCCACAGGUGCCCAUGAACUAUGCACAGACCACGUAUGCCUACCAGUAUCCCCUGCCACAGUGGUGUGGAGAGCAGAGGACGAGGCUUGUCAAUCAGAACUAUGUGGAUUGUGGAGUCCAAACUUUGCUAACCCUUCUGUAGCCUUCCUUUUCUCGAAGCAGAGGAGAACAACUUGGAGAUCAAGCAGUGUACUUCAUUGUGCUUUGAAACACCGUUGCAGUUGGGGUCACCCUGGGUGUGAUGCGAAGGUGUAUUUUGAGGGAAUGACAAUUAUGAUCACAUGAUCAUACUGUAACCUAAAGCCUCACACAUCCACACACUGAAACAUUUGACAAGCUUUGUUUGCUUUUGCUUAUUCCACCCAUUUAUUUGUAUUGUCUGUGUUUUUCUUUCUUUGUCAUGGCCAACUAACUUUAAAGACACUUUUAAGCUCACAAAUACAUAUUUAUAUUUUAUGUUUGCUUAUUUUAAAGUUUGACUCACUGUUGGUGAUGCACUGCAUGCAUUUAAGUAACUGUUCUGACCUGUUCAGUGUGUUUUAAAAGAAAAAUGUUCUUUUGUUUGUUUACUUAUGCUGGCAAGUGUUCACUGUUAACUAGUUUUAUUUGGGGCGUUCACAUUCAGGGCACAUGUUUGAAUUUUCUCUUUGGUUAUUGAGCACCAGGGUACAGUGGCUUCCUCCUCCUUUUUUACUCUAAAUCUGCUUUAAUCGGUCGUUAUCACUGUACUUCCAUUACUUCAUUAACGCUGUUUUUCUUUGUUGGUGCAGUUAAGAGGUAUAAAUAAGAUCAUUGCAUUAAUUCAAAAAUUACAAUAAAUUUUUUUUACUGAGCCCUGUAAGUCACAGCAGGUCACGGCACGGUUGACUUGUCUUAAAUUAAAGCGAUGACGGAAUAUUGAUAUCACUGUGAACACAGUCAUGCUGCAUUUUUCUAUUUUCCAGCACUUUUUUUGCACCAGUUCAUUUUUUGUUAAUUGAGAAGGUUUUUUAUUUUUUGUGGUGUUGUACUAAACACGAAGCACUUUCAUUUUAUCCAUACUGUUGCAACACUGUUCUUAGAGGUUUGUUUCUUGUCGGGGGGGCCUUUGAUUUAUUAGUUAUAGCAAAUUCAUCAGAUACUUUUAAAAACCAACUCUGACUGACUUGUAUUGAAAUUUCUCAAUUUUAUUUCCUCAUUUCCCAUGGCUUCAUGGGAGUUGUGGUUUAUAUUGUACCAUAGUCUGAGAGCUUCUAAUCACUGUACUCCAGGUUUGCCUUGUGUAUGUAUGUUUGGGAUUUUGAUGUUGGCAUUGUACGGUUAUGCUGUUUUGUUAUUAAUAAAAGAUAAAGUUGAAUCAA